AUGGCCUUUGUUUUCUCAGAAAACCUCAAGGUCUUCAUCAACACAUCAUUUCUCUUGUUGCUUUGUUUCUUCUUCACCUCCCAAAUAAGAUCACCUUCUGCUUCCUUUGACCUAACAAGCUACAGCAUCCCUAAAGGUGAUGGUUGUGUUGGCCUCCAAAGGCUCAAAGACCCCUAUGCCAAGUGCUUGUAUCUCAAGACCCAUCUCCCAUGUGUGUCCCAAGGCUAUGUUAACUAUCUCUACAUAUUCCAUUGUGUUUGUGGAGGCCACCCAGCUUUAGGGUAUGCAAUCCUUGCUUUAUGGCUUUUAAUCUUGUUCUAUCUCUUGGGCAACACUGCCUCUCAAUACUUCUGCUCUUCAGUUGAAAGCUUAUCAAGAGAGUUAAAGUUAUCUCCGACCAUUGCCGGAGUUACUCUUCUAUCACUCGGCAAUGGCUCACCGGAUGUUUUUGCAAGUAUUGUAUCAUUCCGGGCAGGCUCCGGCGAGGUUGGUCUGAGCAGUGUUCUCGGAGGAGCCUUUUUUGUCUCAUGUGUUGUCGUUGGAAUUAUCAAUAUAUGCGCAGCCAGUCUUCGAAGUGAGAUUCGUAUAGACCGGUCUAGCUUCAUCCGUGAUGUGUGCUUCUUCAUUGCAGUUCUAUCAUCUCUACUCGGCAUCCUAAUUGCUGGCAAGAUCACAAUUUGGGGUGCAAUGGCAUUCACUUCACUUUAUUUCAUCUAUGUUUCCAUCAUUUCGGCGACGCAUUUUUGUGGUGACAAGUACGAAGAGCUUGUCGUGCCAAUACUCGAUGCAAAAGAACUCGAUGAGCCAGUGUCGAUAGCGAAAGAAGCUACGGAAAGUGAAGAACAAGAACAAGAGAGACCAAGUUCAAAUUGCUUUGGUUUCAAUGAGAGAGCAACAAGCUACGUUGCAUGGUUUCUGUACCUCAUUGACAUGCCGCUUUACCUGCCGAGAAGGAUAACAAUACCAGAUAUCACAGAAGAAAGAUGGUCCAGGCCAUUUGCAGUUGCAUCAGCUUCAAUUGCACCAUUGUUAAUAGCAACGCUAUGGAACACAAAAAGAGGAGUAGGUAUGGGAACCAAAGAAGGUCUAACAAUAUAUCUCUAUGGUGCAUUGAUUGGUUUGGUUUUAGGUUUAAUGGCAUUGCAUACAACAAAGAAAGCCAGUCCUCCAAAGAAGUGUUUGUUCCCAUGGCUGGCUGGAGGGUUCCUGAUGAGUGUCCUGUGGACAUACAUCAUAGCUGAGGAGCUUGUGGGGUUGUUGGUCUCCUUAGGUUAUGUGUUUGGGAUAAGUCCUUCAAUACUAGGGUUAACAGUGCUUGCAUGGGGGAACUCCAUUGGUGACUUGAUAGCAAAUGUGGCAAUGGCCAUGAAUGGAGGGCAAGAUGGAGCCCAGAUUGCAAUCUCAGGGUGCUAUGCUGGUCCUAUAUUCAAUACUUUGGCUGGUUUAGGUCUGUCCUUGGUGGUUUCAGCUUGGACUGUUCAUCCAGCUCCUUUUGUGAUCCCUGUGGGUCCUCCUUUGUUUGAGAUUUUGGGGUUUAUGAUUGGAGGCUUGCUUUGGGCUCUGGUUAUACUUCCAAGAAAGGAGAUGAAGCUUGAUCGAGUCCUAGGCAUAGGUCUUCUAGCUAUCUACUUGUGUUUCCUCUCUCUCAGACUCUCUCAGAGCCUAGGACUAGUUGUGCAAGUUUGAAAACAAAAAAGGAAAA